CAUCACCAUCAAAGGCACACAUUUUCGUUAUAAAACUACACUAUCGGAAUAUCUGUAUUUACAAGAAGCAAUAGCCUCGGUUUCACUUUGCGCACGUGCACUUCAGUUUUAACAUGGCGGAGCGAGUUUUGCUUGGCGUUGCUGACAGUCUUCUUACAGAAGUUGAAGAUGCGUCACUGACAUGGUCUGUCAAUAAAUUGGGUGGUGUACCUAACUGGAUGCAAGACUGUCUCCCUAGCCAAUAUCCAACCUGUAAUAUUUGUAACUCUUUGCUUUACCAUGUUGUCCAAAUUUACUGUCCUCUUGAGGGCUCAGAAUAUCACAGAACAUUGAAUGUGUUUGGUUGUCUUCAAAGAAAAUGUUCUCCAAAUCCUGGAAGCUGGAAAGUAUGGAGGAGUCAGUCCCUUGCAAACCAAGAAUCAAACAAUAAACAGAACACGCAGGAAACUAAAAGUUAUGUCAAGGAAAGUUGGUGCGACGACGCAGACGAUUGGGGAAGUGACGAUAACAGUGAUAUGAAUACAAUUACCACUACCCUCGGGGAGGUUGGAAUGGAAGAAAAUCAGGCCAGGAGUCGACUGAGAGAAAACGAGGGAGAAAGGGAGGAUGGGAACCAAGUAGAAAACGCGGAACAAGAUGAACGAAAUCUUUCCAAGAGUGUUCCGAAAUUCGCUGCUAUGUACAUUCAUGUCCUAGAGGAGCCGGAUUCCUUUUCUGAUAGCGCACUUGAAUAUGAGAAAAGUUUACUAAAAGCGUACGAAGAACAGGAGGGCGCUCUGUCCGACAUGGAAACGACCACAAAAUCAGGGGAAAAGUACGAGAAAAACCCCGUUGUUGGAGGAGAUAAAACGCUCCAUAAGUUUUUAAAGAGAUUACGAAGAUGCAGAGAGCAGUGUCUAAGGUAUAAUUGGAAUGGGAGACCUGUUUUGCUUUCGGAUAAUGUCCUGCAGAACCAGAGCUUGGGAAGUGUCCCCCCGAAUGUCCCCGCUUGUUUGCAUUGCGGGUCAGAGCGCGUUUUUGAGUUGCAGCUAAUGCCAGCGCUUUCCUCGAUUUUGAAAAAAUACGAUAUGGGUGUCAAGGGAAGAAGCACAGGUCAAGAUGAUGGUCAGGAAGGUGCCAGUCUACCAACGGAAGAGAUGGACCAAGAAAGGCUUGAUUUUGGUACUGUUUACAUAUAUACGUGCAGCAAUUCGUGUAUAGAGACUGACGGAGACUACGCUGUACCAAUUGAAGAAUACAUUGUUGCUUGUCCCUAUCCAGAUUCAGAUUUACUCGAUGCUAAAUAUUCUUGAUUAAUUUUCCUGCAAUGCAGUGCUUAAUAAAUUUCUAUAGAUCGUAUAAUAAGGGGCCUAGGCUAUUGAAAUUGAAGUAUUAUGGGUAACGCCAGCUUCCACAUUGAUCCUUACGGCAGUUGACAAAAAUUUGAAGUCUCUUUGAAACAUCUGAAGCAAACAAUUUGAAGACUCAAUUUGCUUUCGAUUCAGUACAUUUUAUUCCAAGUAGCAACACGUUGUUCCUGUUCCCUGUGUACUUGGCUCCUUCAAUGUAGCCUUUUAUGAGAAGAUUAACCGCACCUCCUUGCCUAUUUGAUUUUCAAUACGACAACAUGUAACUUCAAAAUAUAAUUCCAACAUAUCAGUUAUUAUUAGCGAAAUCGUGACGGAACUUCGCACUUGAAUAGUGGUACCAACCUGUAACGUGUAACUGACGUUUUCCAAAGCAGAUUUGAGAGAUACGCAGUAAAAA